UGUAUCUUCUACAUUGACACAGUAGGAGGACAAAACACCAAAACAAAGGAUCUUUUCAUAAGCAAUGAGCUCAAACAGUUCAAGUAUCUUUGUGUCUAUGGGGAGAAGGGGAUGACUGUGGAAGAGGCUCUGAAAAGAGACGGUCGCUUCAUUGAUCUUACCAACUUCACUCUGUCUGACAAUGAGAAUCCAGACGUGAUCACUGAAUGCACACAAAGUGUUGACAACCUAGAUGGAAAAAAGUUCAAGAUAUGUCUUCCUAAAAACAAGGGAUCAAAUAAAAACCUAAAGGAAACUCCGGGUUCAUCAGAUAAUUCACACCAGAGGAGUGAGCGUGACACAAAGCCUCUCUUAGAUGAAGCACAGCAGAGAGGAACCAGUGUCACAGCAGCAUUCAAAAAUAAAGACAGAAAUGUCAACAAUGAGGAGAUUUAUAAAAAACUGCGUGAGCAGUUCCCAAAACUGAAAGAACUGAUGGAGAGUAGAUUCCCUGGUGAUACUUAUCAGAAAGCACUGGAGCUGAGGAAGGAAGACUUUGGAAAGAUCCAACAAUCAUUCAGUGAAGUUCACAGAGUCAGGGAGCUGAUUAAACUGGGAGAAUCGGUUUGCAAAGUGGUUGUUGGGAAUUUUGAGGGAACAGGCUUUGUGCUGUUUGGCAACUUCAUCCUGACUAACGCACACAUCUUGAAAGAUCAUGUAGAAGGAGGAAAGAUAAAGGAUGGUAUAGAGGUGUAUGUUUUCUUUAACUAUGAAGCUCCUGAGUCGCACACAGUGUGCUACUGCUUUAAGCUGGCUCAACACAUCUGCUACAGUGAGGGUGAGCUUGAUUAUGCCAUACUUGAGAUCGAUUAUGAGUUCCAGAUAUCCAACCAGACAUCAGCAAAGAAAAUCAAGGUACCACCAGGGCUCCUCAAGAAAUUUGGUCCAAUACCACAGAAUGGUGAAGCCUGUAUCAUUGGUCACCCGGCAGGAGGAGUGAAAAAAAUGGAUCCAACAUGUAUCAUUGAGAAAGAGAAGAGGGGAGAGGCUGUCGAUGAUUAUCUAAAUCCACACAGGGACAAUCCUUUUAUCCUCUACUCAAUUACUCACCUGAUCAGAAGCAUUGAGAACAUCAUGAUGGGUGGAUGCGACGCAGACAAAGUAGUGACUUACAACACUUUCAUGUAUCACGGCUCUUCUGGCUCUCCAGUGUUUGAUGCUGAUGGUCAAGUGUUUGGUUUGCACACCAGAGGAUUUAUCUAUGAGAAUGAAAAGAGUGUUAUAGAGUUCGCCCAACCUCUGCUUACCAUAUUUGAUGACUUUGUGAGUGAGCUGAAGAAAAGAGGAGAGAAGAAGCUGUUGAAGAGAGUUAAGAAGGAAGCAAAGGGAAACUCAUACCUAGAAAAGUUCCUUGCGUUUAGGCUGAAUGAAAGCGGAUGUGAGGAGCAGAGGAGCAUUGAGGGAGUCAAGACUGAGCCGGCAGACCCUGAUGAGCACCAAUGA